UCCUGCGCCUCAUCUCCUUUCCUAAUUCCCCCACAAGCCGCGCAUAAAAGACGGUUGAACAAAGGAGCUUUGUACCUUUGAUACUAUUCAUAGCAAAAUACUCUUAAAUCAGGCCCUGGACCUGGCCAAAAGGCCAAAAGCCAAAAUGUCGAUCGUCUUCUCUAGUAACACAACUUACUUUGCAACUUUCAAGAGUCAUCUAAUGUCGAUAUUCCCAGCAUUCGAUAGCUACUGCUAAUACUAAGGUUAUUAUACCAUUCAAUUAUAUCCAAUGACAAGCGAUGUGAACGCCUCGAGGCGCCCUAACCUCGAGCCUAUAUGGACUGACUAUCGUGGUUUCGGCGCCGUACACAAACCCACUACAUAUCGAACACCUGGUAGCUCCGGGUGGUCUCCGUCGUCACUAUCCCCCAGAGCUCUGCCGAGUCCUAGUCCGAUCCACCCUGCAUCCUACGAUGGAUCUAUGAGGAGGCAAGACCGAGCUUUGGUGAGCAGUCUUGACCAGAGGACGAAGCAUGUGGUGAACCCGGUGCCUUUGACACCUAUCGACGAGCAAUCGCCGUCGCCCUUAGUCGCGCGGCUGGAAAAGAUCAGCAUACUACCACAUCUGAACGUAGAGCGUAGCCUCCCCACACCUUCUUCGCCAGGCUUUUUACGCGAGGAGAACCAACGCAUCGCGGAGAGGACAAGAUCCGUAGAUAGGACGUAUGACACUCUCCUGGAAAAGAUCAGACGCCCCAGUUAUGCCACUGGAGACCGUCAUACGCUACCGGAUUCCCCGCGAAAAAACUCAGCGUUGGAGCUACAAGAUCAACUUCGGAAAUGGGGGCACGUGUAUUAUGGCAACGCAAAGACGGCCGAUGCCUUUAUUAUCGCUAGGUCUUUGCGCCGACCUAGCCAUAGCCAUAGCCGUGCCUCCUCUAUAGACAGCACAGGUCGGGAUUCAGCGGGAAAAGGAGCAAGUGCAGAAGGUGGCCAACCAAGCAGUAAUCGCCUGACAGUUCGCGCCAUCGUCCGGCCCCGGUCUAUCGACCGGUCGUCAUUCUUAAUCCAGCGCAACUUCAACCUGGACGAGCUGCGCGCUACGAUCCCCGACCCGCCAACACGCAGCCAACAACGGCGUGGAAGUGGCGCCCUCGAACAGCAACCACAGCCCCCGAGCCCCCCAAUCUCCACACAGCAGCCAAGCAUCAGACGAUCGAGUAAUAGUGUGCGUUCAAGCACGCUCCUCCGCUCGGGCGCCAACGGCCUCGAUCUCGAGAGCCUUGUCCGAGAUGCUAAAGCCGUGCCGAUCCACAUCAAAUACGCACGCGCCCACCUCCCCGUCAUCGCAGCCCUCCUCGUCUCCGGUCACAUCCACGAGGGCGACGUCCUGUACCUGCCCAUGCCGCACGCCGAGGCCUGGCCCCAGACUGCGCGGUACGUGUACACUGGACAGGGCGAGCUGACGGAUGCGGUGAGGGAGAAUAUUGUUUACCUGGCUGGGAAGGUGUGAUAAUUAAGAAGAAAUGGGGGAGGGGAGAUUAAGGAUGGCGCCUGCGUUGUGCUGCGUUAUGUUGCUUGAGUGUUUAUCGUACUAAUGGUAGGGGUUUGAUUGGCAGUGGGGGAAGAGAAGAAUGAGGUUGGAUCCAUGGGUAUGAAUAAUAAUACGUCUGUUUGUUGUUGAUUUGUUGGUAGCAAGGUAGAUAGCUACCUACCUAGCACCUACCUACUUAGGCGGCUAGGUAUACGAAGGAUGGAGGCAU